AAUAAAAUCAAGCAACGAAAGCCGAAAACUUCAAGUUUUUCCUUUUUUUAUAAAUAUUAUAAUAAUGAAAAAUUGCGGGCACGUUCGGUUGGGUGAAAAGGAAUUUGAUAACUUUUAAGUGGAAAUGAAGUACAGAUGUAAUUGAGCUAGCUAAACUUGAAAAUGUUUCCAUAAGUAACCAGGGCAGCCUUGAAAGCAUAUAAAAUAAAAUUACUUUCAUGGUUUGUUGACUCUGGCGGUGUUACAGCACCCGACUACUCAUCACAAGGCCCAUUAGGCAGCCUGACUUGAUGGGACGCCCUGACUGCGAGAUGAGAUGGGAUUAGGAGUAGUUCACCGAGCGACUUCAAUAGAUGCAGUUGGUAAAAUGUCAGUGCUCCAGUUUGUAUUUCUGGUGAUCCUGGUCCACAGCAGUGGAGCAGCGGAGGAGAUCGAAAUGGAUUUCGAUGGGGAGGAUCAGCAUUCAGCACCAGAGCCCAUAGACGGGCGAUCUUUCUUCUUUCUGGGCUCCCUGUUCCGCCGCUGGCGCAAUCGCUGGAUGGCCUACCACAAUCCAGAUCCGAUGUUUGCUGGCCCCGCCUAUCCCAUAUCGGGAUAUUACAAUUGUCCCGUCUACGGCUGCAAUCCGGCGGCCAUUGGUCCUCAGCCUGGUUACUACGCCACUCCCGCGGGAUUCUACACCAUGCCUCUGAACCAGCAGCAGGCUCAGGGGAACAGCAACGUCUAUAUCUACCAGAGUGAUCAGAACUCGGCGUCAGCUGGAGGUCCCCUGGGAUACGGAUACAUCGGUGGUGUGUCGCCACUUGGACCUGCCACGCCCCUGCCUCUUCCGCCUCCUGGACUGACACCACCGUCCACAAUAAACACGGCGUCGGCCAGUGCCAGCGGCUAUUCUCGUCCAGGAGGAGGACCUGGUCAACGGCCAGGACCAUUUCCAAUACCCUUGCCUCAGCUGGGAUGAGGGGGAGACGCUCGCCUAAGUAAACAGGGCCCUCAAAGUAAAAGACAACAAUACAAUUUUAAUUGAAACCAACUAUAAAAACUCUUCCCACAAAUUUGGAUUUUUAUUUCAAAUAAAAUUAUAAUUUAAAUAUAGAGUGGCU